CUUCCUUCUUCAAUAUCUAAAUUUUCCAUCAAACACUCGAACCGAUGCGAUAUUUUAAUCACUCAAAACUGGCUGCAAAUAAAAAUACGCAGCGGUUUAUAAAUAAGUAGCCCGAGAAAAAGUUUAAAUAUUUAAAAAAAAAAAGCUAAAAGUUAAUAAAGGUGUCAGGCACACGGUGCCAAAACAUACUAAAAAUAUAUAAAAUACGCCUAUAAAAAUAAGAUAAUAAAAUUUAUUUAAAUAGUGACUACCAGCAGCAAAAUGGCAGCGGCCGACUCAUCAACCGACGACAGUCUUUAUCCAAUAGCCGUUUUAAUUGACGAAUUGAAGAAUGAGGAUGUCCAGUUACGUCUGAAUUCAAUAAAAAAACUUUCAACAAUCGCGCUGGCACUUGGAGCUGAAAGAACACGCAGUGAAUUGAUGCCAUUUCUCACUGAAACAAUUUACGAUGAAGAUGAAGUAUUACUAGCACUUGCUGAACAACUUGGAUCAUUUACUCCACUUGUUGGCGGGCCUGAAUACGUCCACUGUCUUCUGCCACCAUUGGAAGCUUUGGCAGCAGUAGAAGAGACAGUAGUGCGUGACAAAGCCGUGGAAUCACUCCGAAAUAUCGCCAGCCAACACAGCCCAACUUAUUUGGAAGAUCACUUUGUACCGUUGGUCCAACGUCUGGCUUCUGGCGACUGGUUCACGUCGAGAACUUCAGCUUGUGGAUUAAUAAGUGUAUGCUACCCACGUGUAAGUCCCGCGACUAAAGCUGAGUUGAGAAACCAUUUCCGUAACUUGUGUCAAGAUGACACUCCGAUGGUGCGUCGAUCUGCGGCUUCUAAACUCGGGGAGUUCGCUAAAGUUGUUGAGAUCGAGUAUCUCAAGGCGGAUUUGAUUCCGAUGUUUGUUGUCCUGGCACAGGAUGAACAGGACUCAGUGCGUCUGUUGGCAGUUGAUGCAUGUGUCAGUAUUGCUUCUCUUCUUCAGCAAGAAGAUGUUGAACAAUUAGUCAUGCCAACAUUGCGUCAAUGUGCUGGUGACCAGUCGUGGCGCGUCCGUUAUAUGGUCGCUGAUAAAUUCACUGAUCUCCAAAAAGCAGUGGGUCCAGAAAUAACAAAAACUGAUCUAGUUCCAGCAUUCCAAGUUCUGUUGAAAGACACUGAAGCUGAAGUAAGAGCAGCAGCCGCUGAAAAAGUUCGUGAAUUUUGUCAAAAUCUCGAUCAGUUUAAUCAAGAAAAUAUUAUUAUGACAAAUAUAUUACCUUUUAUAAAAGAACUUGUUGCUGAUCUUAAUCAACAUGUUAAAUCAGCACUAGCUGGUGUUAUUAUGGGACUCAGUCCUAUUUUAGGAAAACACAAUACUAUUGAACACUUGCUGCCACUUUUCCUGAUGCAAUUAAAAGACGAGUGUCCAGAAGUACGUCUUAAUAUUAUCAGCAACUUGGACUGCGUCAACGAAGUAAUUGGGAUCCAACAACUGUCCCAGUCCCUACUGCCAGCAAUUGUCGAGCUUGCUGAAGACAGCAAGUGGCGAGUGCGCUUAGCAAUCAUCGAAUACAUGCCGCUGCUAGCUGGACAACUGGGCGUUGAGUUCUUUGAUGAAAAACUAAACUCGCUGUCAAUGAACUGGCUCGUCGAUCACGUCUACGCAAUCAGAGAAGCCGCGACGCUCAACUUGAAAAAAUUGGUCGAGAAAUUCGGUCCCGAGUGGGCAUCGAACACAAUUAUUCCAAAAGUUUUAAAUAUGUCCCGUGACCAAAAUUAUCUCCAUCGUAUGACAUGUUUGUUCUGUAUCAAUGUUUUGGCUGAAGUAUGCGGUCCCGAUAUCACAACAAAAGUGAUGCUGCCUACAGUCAUCGCAAUGGCAAAUGACAACGUAGCGAACGUAAGAUUCAAUGUAGCAAAAACAUUACAACGUAUUGGGCCUUAUCUAGAACCAAGUGCAGUACAAACGCAAGUUAAACCAGUACUUGAUAAACUUAACACAGAUCCAGAUGUUGAUGUCAAAUAUUUUGCUUCCGAAGCUAUUGCUGGUAUCGCAGCGUAGGUUAAUCAGGUCUCCUAAGCGCAUUUAUCUUUAAUCUUCAUGCAAAAACAUAACUACGUAUAAAAAAAAAAAAAAAUACAUUAAGUAAAUUAGAGAAGGAAUAAAUUUUUUCACAGCGGGAAUAUAAUUAACAAUAACAGUAACAAUUAUAAUAAAGUAUCAAUACCGGUCUCUCUUUUCCACAAGAUGUAGCUGGAUACCGUGAAGAUGCACAUAGCGUAGAAAAAUUUAAGUAACCCACGGAUUUAACAGUUAAUGCAAACUGCUAUUUUAAAAUUUCAAUUGUAUUUGUAUAUCUAUAGCAAUUGUACUAAGUAUUGAAUUAUUCAGUUUAUAAAAUAAGUUCAUAUUACUAUUAAUAUUAUUAUUAUGUAUCUUGGUAAUAAUUAAGUUAAUGUUCUUGUCGAUUAGGAGAACAAUAAAGUGGAUAAUUACGCGGUAUCAUUCCCAUAUUUAAAAAAAAGAAGAAGGAAAAUAAAAAGUCGUGUCACUAACUUGGUUAUUACUGAAAUAAAAUAUUAAAUCAACAUUUACUUUUCUACAUAUUUUAUUGACAAAUUUAAAUAUACAAUUAUCCUGAAAGCAAAACAACAAACAAACCAAAUUUUAUUUUUUCACUAGAUCUGUACUGGAAGUUUAAAUUCCUGCCCUGUUUAGAGGGAAGAAAAUCUUUCGUUUCUUUUAUGAGAAAACGAAUGAUGAAAAUUAACGCAUGCGCCAUUCCUGCCACAGAGAAAUAUUUAAACUUCCAGGUAAAGAUCUGGUGAAAAAUUGUGUGGACACCUCAUAGGAAAGUAGGACUCGCCUUCGGCUAAGGCUGGCAAUUACACACAGAAUGUCCUACUUUCCUCUCUUGGUGUGUAAUAUACUAUUUUAUGACACCAGCAUCGAAACUUAAAAUUUCAGUGUCUACAGUCAGUGGAAACAAAAUAGUUUCAGUAAAAUGCCGCGAAUUAAUAUCAGCAAACGCGUGAAUUGUGAAUGCUUUCAGUCAGCAGAAACAAACUUGUUUCGUCCCGAGGGAACAAACAAUAGUAUAUUUAUUAUUACACACCUAGGGUAGUAAAGUAAGAAAUGUCUCAGAUCGCAUGUAAUCUGAGGCUUUCUUAUUUACUGCCCAAGUGUAUACUAUUUUUCUCCUCGACGGAGGCAGAAAGCGUAAACUUUCCUCCCGCUGCACGGAAAAAAAAUAGUAGUGGCAACUCUGGGAUAGUACUGAGUACUUUCUGUAAAAAAAAAAAUUUCAGACAGUACUAUAUCCACUACUCUCUGGAUGGUACUGAGUACUAUUCCGGACAGUAGUGGAUAUAGUCUAGAUAGUAGUGAAUACAGUCUCGAUAGUAUACAGUACUGUCUAAAAAUUUUUUUUUACAGAAAGUACUCAGUACUAUCCCAGAGAGUUGCCACUACUAUUUUUUUUCCGCGUGUGCGAAACAAAGUUGCCGCUUUCUGUCUCCAUCGAGGAGAAAAAUAGUAUACGCACAUACAUGUGAUCUGAGAUAUUUCUUACUUUACUGCCCUAGGUGUGUAAUAUACUAUUUCUGCCCGCUGACUGAAGCCCGCAAUUUAAACUCUGAUAAUUGUCAUUUUUUCAAUAAUAAUUUCCAAGCAUUAAUUUUAUUUAUGUAAAUGACAGUUCUGACUUUGAGAUUAAGAUUUAUAAAAAUUAGUGUCAAUAAUAAAUAGUAUUUAUAGCCUCUGCUUAAUUAUAAAUUGCAAAUGACAAUUUAAUAGUUGAUAACUCAGUGGCCUUAAAUUAACUUGAUUCUGACUGGCUGCUGACACUGAAACUAAGUUCCAAUGCAGGUAAUCCGGAAAAAUAUUCCGCGUAACUCAAAAUGAAAGACAAUUUCACACUGCGAGUGAUGUCAGCCAACUUCACUCUGGUGUGAAAUCUGUUUCAACCCUUGUCACACAAUGUACUAUUUUAAAAUUACAAAACACAAGCACGUUUGAUUUUAUUUUUAAUUCUGUCCUGUUUACAUUUAACAUAUCACAGCUCACUAUCCUCUCUCAUUUUAUUAUCAUUAUUUUUUUUAAUCAUUACAUUGAUAUACAUAUAUAUUUUAUAUAUAUAUAGUAAAGUGUAAGUGAUGUACGCAGUGGAUAAAUAAAAGUAACAAUAAAUGAUUCUACUGUUAAUGAUUACUAGGGUUAAUGACAUUGACUGAUUUAUAUUUAAAUAAAUUGGCUGUCAAAGCACCAUGACACGGUCAGCUACUUAGCCAUUAAUUGAUUAAUUAAUUAAUUGGUUUAAUAACUCAUCGAUUACAACACUGAUUAAUAUAAAAUGAUUGUAUUACUUUAUUGAUAUCAGACUUUAAAAUAUUUUUAACUAUUUUAUAAUAUCAGUU